AUGAAAGAUCAUAGGAAGAACGUUCUAGCCGAUACCGAUGAAAGUAUUAUUACUCAUAAUACAAAUGAAGCAUCAAUCAAUAAUAGUCCAAAACGCUCUUUAGAAGACUAUGAAUUUUCGAAAAAUUCCAAAAAAUCGUGUCGCUUAUCUACACAAAGUAACGAUAGUAACUCUCAAACAUCAACAAAUUUUGAAACUCAGAAUGACAAUAGUCAUGAUAAACAAGCAGAAUCAAGGCAGAAAACGAAGACAAGAAAAACAAAGCAAAAGGAUGAUAAAUUAAGUACAUGUCUUUCAGCAUCAAACAGUGAAACAAAAAUGUAUCGUGAUGGAAAUGACGAUGAUUCAAAUCUUGAUUCCGAUGGUCUUAAUUCUCGUAAAGCAACGGCACGUUUACAACCAAUAAAUUAUGUAAAUGAGUUUAGUUUGCUACCGUGGGAUCGUGUAUGUCCAAGUAUUAAUCAGAUAAUGUUAGGAACACAUCAAUCUGGUGUAUUUGCACAUGAGAUUUUAUCAGUUCAGCAAGAGUUGGAAGCACUAUUGGCGAUGUCAACGUUACGUGAAACACUUGUGACUACAAUUACUAAUACAAACGCAAAUCAGUUAGCAAAUAACGAACUGCAAUCAUUAGUGCGUCAUCAGCAUGAAGCCGAACAUGUGUAUGGUGUUCGGCAAUUUCAUGAUAUAGCGUCAAAAUUUCAACGACCCUUUAAUCCUAAACAACAGCAACAAUUUUAUCGUCAAGUAUCAACUACUGUAUCAUCAACUGAUCGAUUUUGGUUAGAGUUUCAGUCAAAAUAUAGUUUAGUAACACAAACGGAUCUGGCUACAAUAAAAGAUAUUUAUUUAUUCGAUCAACUACUUGAAAAUGAAAUUAAACAAUUGAAACAAGAAUACUUAAUAGCAAAAAAUAUGGAGCAGGUAGAACAUCAGAAACAACCGUCGAUAACAUCGACAAAUUUGAGUAUGGAUAAAUUGAAAGAAUUUUUACAAACAGUCGAUAGUCAAAUUCGGCAAUCAAUAGUUACUCCAUCGCUGAAAAACGACGAACAGCAAUCAAAAUUAGAAAUAACGGCUGGACGACAACCGAAGAAAGAAAAAAACAACAUAACAGAUGUGGAUGGUUUAGCUACAUUGAAUUUGAAUCAGUUUUUGAAUGAUUGUGACAAAGAAAAAUACGAUGUCAUCUCACGCUAUGUCGAACAUACUCAAUUGAAACAAUUUCAGCAACGUUUUCAUUCGUUUAUUACACAUGAUUCACCUGCCUAUAAAACACCAACAUCAAGUCCACCAAUGAAACUAAAUAGUGUAACAACAAAUAAACAAUCACCAACAUUGAUAGAUAAUCGAAAAAGAAUUAACGAUUCGGUGAGAUGUUCACCACGUUUACAUUUCCAAGAUUCAAAUUCGAAUAGUAAUCCAACAAAUUUUAUUAGUCUUUUGCCAGUUUUUCAGCAAAAAAAUAAACAGGAAGAUGAUAUAAAGACCGUUGACGUUACACAUGAACCGUUGAGUUUAGUAUCGAAAUCGACUGGUGGACUUAAACGAAAAAGUAUCCGCCAACAAAAUAUUCCAUUAUGGUCAUUAUCACCAUCGUUAAUCAAAGCUGAACGCCAGCAAAAAGCACAACUAGUCGCUGAUUACUUAACUAAUCGAACGACUGUUCAUUUACCAGUUUCUCCAGUUCUAACGUUAAAUACUGAAAAAGAAAACAAUGAACAACAACAAACUUCUCUACCAAUGUCAUCCACCAAGCGUCAACUUUUCAAUAACCCACCUGUCAUCACAGAUACAUUGCAUGAGAACCAGUUACAUACUUUAACAAUGCCAACCAAAACACUAAAGAGAUGGAAACGGCAUAAAAAACAACCAUAUGGCAAAAUAAAAACCAUACCUCAGAAGAAAUCGUCAGAAUGCGAACGUACUGAUUCAUUUGAAUGUAAAAUUUCUCUUCUAGAAAAUUUGUUAAGUGAAUGUAAAACUUUAAGUUUAUUGGCAGUUGAACGUUCAAGUCUACAAGAAAAUAUUGAAAAAGUUUCAUAUAGAAUUCAACAAUUAGAUGAACAAAUCGAAAAUGUUUUAAUUAAAAUUGAGGGUGAUGGCGGAAAACGAACUGGUAAGAAAAAGACUUAUUCAACAACAAAACAUAAUUUGAUGAGAUUGUUAAAUGAUCGUAAAAUUUAUGAACAAGCAUUAUUCAAUGAUCAAGCAAAACUUCGGCAAUUAAAAACAAUCAAAUAA